AUGGCAGAAACAUUAACAUUGAAUAAUAAUAGAUCAACAAAUGAUGAAAAUAAAGAAAGUACAACACUUAUUUGGUUUGAUCCAAAUAUUGGAUCAUAUGAAGAUACUGAACGAACAAAACAACAACUUCGUCUUAUUAAUGAUUAUGUUAUUUUUUCUACUGAUCUUGAACAAUGUAUUUCAUUUAUUCAAUCAAUUAAUAUAGAAAAAAUCUUUUUAAUUACAUCAGGAUCAAAAGCAUCACAAAUUUUAUCUAGAAUUUUUCAUCGUUCUCAAAUUGAUUCAAUUUUUAUAUUUUGUAUGAAUAAAAAACGAUAUGAAUAUUUAUUAAAUGAAUAUUCAAAUAUUAUUGGAAUUUAUAUUAAUCUAGAUGAUUUAUGUAAAUCAAUUAAAGAACAAAUUGAUUUUAUUAAUAAACAAAUACAAACAUUUUCUUAUUUUGAUCAACAUGAAAAAUUAACUAAAGAUUUAUCAAAAGAAUCAGCAAAAUUUUUUUGGUUUCAAUUAUUUAAUUAUGUUAUUACGCGUCUACCACGAAAUGAACAAGCAAAACAACAAAUGAUUCAAAUAUGUAAAGAAUAUUAUCGUGGAAAUACAAAAGAAUUAAAAUUAAUUUAUGAUUUUGAACAAAAUUAUCAAUCAAAAGAUGCAAUUCGUUGGUAUUCAAAACAAUCAUUUAUUUAUAAAUUAAUUAAUAAAGCAUUAAGAAUUGAAGAUAUUGAUUUAUUAUAUAUAUUUCGAUUUUUUAUUGCUGAUCUUUCUGAAAAUCUUCAACGUGAACAUGAAAAAAUUUUAUUAUCAAAAGAAAAAAUUUUAAUUCUUUAUCGAGGAAUUAAACUUGAUAAAGAAGAAUUUAAUAAAUUAAAAGAAAAUCAAAGAAAACUUAUUUCAAUGAAUGGAUAUGUAUCAACUAGUCGACAAAAAUCAUUAGCAUUAAAUUUUGCAUUAAAACCAUCAAAAAGAAUUGAUGUUGUUCCUGUUCUUUUUAUUAUUCAAUGUAAUAUAAAACAAAUUGAUAAAAAUAUUAUUUUUGCUGAUAUUGUUCAAUUUAGUGAUCAUCCAGAAGAACAAGAAGUUUUAUUUGAUUUAAAUACAUGUUUUGAAAUUGAAUCUAUUGAAGAAAGUGAAUCAUUACAAAUAAUUAAAAUGAAUAUAUCAAAUGAAGGAUUAAAAAGUACUAAAGAUUUUCUUGAAUUAACACAAAAAGAAACAGAAGAAUUAAGUGUUGCAAUUGUUUUUGGUAGAUUAUUAUGUAAUUUAGGUCAAUAUGAUAAAUCACAAAAAUAUUUUCAACAAUUAUUAAAUGAUUCACAUGAUGAAGAUCCUGCUUGGAUUGAAUUUAAUAUUGGUCGAGCUCUUGAAUUUAAAGGUGAAUGGAAGGAAGCACGAAAAUAUUAUAAUCUUGCGUAUAAUCGAAUGAUGAAUAGUGAGCCAGUACGAAUCAAAGAUUCUGCUCAUGUACUAAACAAUAUCGGUAAUAUUCUUAAUCGACAAGGAAAGUAUGAUGAAGCUCUUGAAUAUCAUCAACGAGCAUUGAAAAUUCGUGAGACAUUUUAUUCAUUUGAUCAUAUUGAUAUUGCUCAGAGUCUCAACAACAUUGGUAUUGUUCUCUGUCUACAGAGAAAAUACGAUGAAGCUCUCGAUUGUUAUGAACGAGCAUUGAAAAUUCAAAAGAAAUUUUAUUCAUCUGAUCAUGUCUUUAUGGCUACGAGCUUUAUCUGGAUUGGUAACAUUCUCAGAGACAAAGGAAAAUGUGAUGAAGCUCUCAAUUAUUAUCAACGAGCAUUGAAAAUUCAAGAGAAAUUUUAUCCAUCUGGUCAUGUCGAUAUUGCUCAUACUCUCAACAAUAUUGGUGCUAUUCGUAAUACUCAAGGAAAAUAUAAUGAAGCUCUCGAUUAUCAUCAAAAUGCAUUGAAAAUUCGAGAGAAAUUUUAUCCAUCUGGUCAUGCCGAUACUGCUUGUAGUUUGAAUAAUAUUGGCGUUUGUUAUGAAAAUCAAAACAAACAAAAGAUGGCACUUGACUAUUAUCAGCAGGCAUUAACUAUUUAUGAGAAAUUUCUUCCUGUUGACCAUCCAAAUCGACAGAAAACCGAGAAUAAUAUUCGUCGACUUACUGGAAAAAAUUAA